AAAGCCGAGCAGGAUCAGGCAGGAGCGGGCAGCAAGGCCGGACAGGCCAUACCAUGGUGGGCAGCUGGGCUGCAGUGCUGGGCUUGGCCCUCUGCCUCGCUGCGGGUGCCGAGCAUGUCCCACCCCAGCCUGCAGCGGGUAAGGACAGCCCAGCCAGCGGGGGGACCCCAAAAGGUCCCACGCCACCCCACCUCGCCAUGUCCCUCCCUGCUGCAGCGCUGCUGCGGGACAAUUUCCGUCUGCAGCCGGGUGACCUGGUGGCCACUGUGGGGCAAGAGCUGGAACUGGACUGUGUCCCCCCCUCUGGCCACCCCGAGCCCCGUGUCACUUGGAAGAAGGACGGGGUGACCUUGGACCCAUCUGGGGAGCGCUACGUGGUGACCGAGGGGAAGCUGCGGGUGAUGGCUGCGCAGCGCAGUGACUCCGGGCUCUACGUCUGCAUGGCGACCAACACGGCAGGACAGAGGGAGAGCAGGGGCGCCCGCGUCACCGUCCUCGAGAAGCCCACCAUCACACGACACCCAAGCGACACAGUGGCAGUGGUUGGUGGCACAGUGGAGCUGGGCUGUGGCGCCCAAGGGGACCCAGUGCCACGCGUGCAGUGGCACAAGGAGCGUGGGGACCUGCCCUGGGGCAGGCAUGAGGUUGACCAGGAGCACACGUUGCACCUCUACGCUGUGACACCCGCUGAUGCCGGCACCUACGUCUGCACGGCGCAGAGCCAGCUGGGCACCGCCGCCGCCACCGCCCACCUACACGUGCAGGACCAGCUGCCACCAGGCCGGCGGGAGCCUACACCACAGGACCUGCUGGCCAUGAGGCUGCACCUGGAGAAUGGCACCACACUGCCUGCUGGCACCGUCUGGCUCCGCUGGAGGAUGGUGACACCAGUGCCUGCACCAGAGGGCUACAUGGUGCUGUACCGCAGCCUGCUCCCUGCCAGCACCUCCUGGGCCCAACACAACGCAGGCAAGGAGCUCAGCACCACCAUCCCUGCACUCCGCAGGGGCCACCAGUAUGAGUUCAAGGUCCGACCUUACUCUGGAGGGACCCAGGGCUUGGACAGCAACAGCAGAAACCUCUGGAUACCCGAGGAAGUGCCAAGUGCGGCACCCCAGAGCGUCACCGUGGCUGAGAAGGGGAAUGGCACCGUGGUCGUGAGCUGGGAGCCACCACCUCCUGAGGCCCACAACGGCAUCAUUCGGGGCUACAAGGUCUGGUCAACGAGCGAGGGCUGGCAGCACCCCACCAACAGGACCGUGUAUGGAGGCACCCGUCACCUGGAAGCCCCCCUGCCCACCUCUGGGGUCGAAUUCUGCGUCCAGGUGGCAGCGUUCACCAGCGUGGGUGCGGGAGUCCCCAGCAAUGUCACCUGCAGCCUCCUGGGUUGGUCAGCAGGGAGCAGCAGGGUGGUGCAGGUGCUGCGUCAGCCCGCUGUCAUUGCAGCCACCAGCUCACUGCUCUGGGUGGCCUUGGUGCUUCUCCUCCUCCUCCUCUGCCAGCGCCGUGCUGGACAGGACAACACCACUCGUGGGGGGCUGGUAGCCAGUGACUCACCCUGGCUUGGUGGCCCCUGGAAGCCUGGCUGUGCCCCUCACAACCUCAGCAGCAGCAGCAGCCUCAGCAGCCGCCUCCUGGGCAGUGAUCCCCAUCCCUCCUCCCUGUCCUUAGAGCAUCCCAGCCUGGGUCCCCCCACACCUCCCCCCCACAGCAGCUGCAGUGGGGGUCACCUGGCAGCCCCUGAGGACACGGGGACCUGCGGGAGGGGACACUUUGGGGUGCACAGCUCCCCCAGCACCCCCACCCCAGCACCCUGGGAGCGUGGACACAAGAAAGCCCACCCAGAGCUGCACCCUGUGCACAGCACCCCAGUGCUGACAGGUGGCCCUGGCCAUGUCCCUGUCACUGGGAGCAGAGACAAGGGGGGCACAGACCUGGGGCUGGGGGCCAGGUGGCCUUGGCCAAGGGGGUCCGAGGGUGACACCGGAGGGGACCCAUGGCGACUGCCAGCCUUCAGCUCCCCCAGAGCUCCCCGGCCACCCCACGCCUGGCACCCGCCCGUCACACGGUCCCCAGCCACUGUGUGCCCCAGUGACAUCUUCCUGGUCACUGGGUGCCCCAAGGACAUCUCCCUGGUCAUCAGACGUCCCAAGGAUGUGUCCUCAGUCACUGGGAUCCCCAAGGAUGUGUCCCCUGUCACCAGGCACCCCAAGGAUGUGUCCCCGGUCACUGGGAUUCCCAGGGACAUGUCUCCAACCACCCAGUGCCCCAAGGACACAUUCUUGGUCACUGAGAGCCCCCAGGAUGUGUCACCUGUCACCAGGCACCCCAGGGACAUGUCCCCAACCACCAGGCACAAGAAGGACAAAAUCUCAGCCACCAGGCCCCCUGAUGAGAUGUCCCCAGUUACCAGGCACCUGAGGAACAUGUCCUCAGUCCCUGGUCACUGCAGGGACAUGGUCCUGGGCAGCAGGUACUCCAAUGAUAUGUCCCCAGCUACCAGGCACCCCAGGGACCCAUCAGUGGUGACCAAGCAGCAGAGGGACACGUUCCUGCCCAGCAGGUACCCUGAGGACAUGUCACCAGUCACCAGGCACCCUGAAGAGAUGUCCCCAGCCUCCAGCCACCGCAAGGACACAUUCUUGAGCAGCAGGUACCCCAAGGACACAAGGACCAGGCUCCCCCAGGACGGGUCCCCACUCCCUGGCCGCCUCUCACCAGUGCUCAGUGAUGGGGUCCUCACACCCCAGCAGGUGGCUGAGGACCUGGAGAUGGACCAGGCCACCACCUGCCCCAGGUCUGCUCCAUCCUCCUGGGACACCACCACAGUGGCUGACGAUCUGAAGAUGGACCAGGCCACCACCAUGUCUCCCUGUAGCCCCCCAGUGCUGCGGUCCUUCUCACCAACACACACCUAUGGCUACAUCUAUGGGCCUCCAGCCUCUGAGUUGGACGAGGGGGAGGAGGAGGAGGAGGAGGAGGAGGAGGAAGAAGAGCAGCCAGGGAUGAGGGGCUCUCUGGGGGGUUCCCUACUCAACGGUUGGGGCUCUGUCUCAGAGGACAACUUGGCCAGUGCCCGCUGCAGCUUGGUGAGCUCCUGUGAUGGCUCCUUCCUCCUGGACGCCUCCUUUGCACGGGCACUGGCAGUGGCUGUCGAUGGCCUCUGCUUCAGCCUCGAGGACACCGAUGAGAGCUACAGGGGUCCCUCACCAUCGCUGUCCCCCUUGGAGAGGAUCUUCUCCCCCGAUGUCCCCAUCCCCCCCCUGGGACUGGGGGACAGUGCUGGGGGUUCCACCGCAGGGUGGUCACAGGACAGGGAUCAGCAGCAUCUGGGCUGGGGCAGGUGACAAGCCCAGGACAGGGAACACAGAAGUGUGGCAGUCCCCAGGGGGUGGGACACGGCAGGUUCAGAGUCCCCUCAGCUCAGCAAAACUCCAGCUUUAUUAAAAUGUUCCCCAAACAGGGGCAAAAGCCACCCAAAAGGGUAGGGGGCAUCAAGGUGGGUGGGUGUCCCUCCUUCUCCAGUGUCCUUGUCCUCCUCAAGUGUCCCCAUCCUCACCCUCCCCAGCACUCUCAUCCUCCCCCAUGUCCUCAUGCCCUCCCAGUGCCCUUGUCCCUCCCCAGUGUCCUCCCCUUUCCCCACCAUCCUUGUCCCCAACCAUCCUCACCUGGCCCAAGCACCAUUGUUCAUCCUAAGUGUCUUUGUCCUUUCCCAUUGACCCCUCAAUGUCCCCAUCCCCACUGACCAUCCUCAUUCCUUCUACUCUCCUUGCCCCUCCUGACCAUCCAUAUCCUUCCUCAGCGUCCUUGUCCCCACUUUGGCCACCCGUGGCCCUUCCAGGUCUUCUCAUCCCUCCCAAGCCACCUUGAAUGUCCUUGUGUUUCCUCCAAGUGUCCUUGUCCCUCCCAACCAUCCUCAUCCACAGGGUCCUCAACCUUCCAAAAAGUCCUUGUUCCCAAGAUCCUUGUCCCUCCUGAGCACCUUUUUCCCUCCCAAAUGUCCUUGUCCUCAGGAUCCUCACCACUCCCAAACAUCCUUGUCACUCCCAACUCUCCUUGAGCCCCCCUGAGCAUCCUCAUCCCCCUCUCUUGCUGUCAGCCUCCGGCCACUGGCUUUGUGUCACCCUGAUGCCACUCAGAAAUUAAAGAUCCCUCC